AAUUAUUAGCAAAUAUCAACUACUUUGGGGGGAAAGAAAGCCAUUUCAAUACAUGAGUAGUGAUAUGUGAGCAUCGGGAUUGAGGAACAUAAGAGUUUGGUCUUUGCGACAUGUUGCAGAGGUGAAAUUGGAGGUUCAGCCGACGCACUUCCACUACUUCGCUCCCAUCCCAAUUCCUUCCCGUCCAGCUGUUCUACAGCCCACAUUCAUUCAGUGUGGGAAACAAGGGCUUUAUGUUUUUGUUGAUAGAAGUCCGACCAUCCAUAUAUAAGUCUGCGGGACUAUAUCGACCUUGUCAGCUAAUAUUUCGCGACCCUGCAGCUGUUCGCGAUUUGCCAUCCAGGCGCAACCACUCUCUUGACUUUUAAGUGCGUGCGCAACAAACGCGAAUAAAUUGCUUGGAAAGUGACGGGAGUUUAAAAAGUAUUACGGUCAAUAAGAAGGUGUUGCGUUCUACCCAACGUCGCUAGGUGCUUCGCGUCUGCCAACACAACUAAGAACAAAAGGCCGUAUCGAACACAUCAACUUAGCUAGCUCGGCUUUCCCUUCGCGCCAACACACAAAUAUAAAGUAACCGCAACACAACUCUACACCAUCCACAUAUUCAUGAUGGCGGAUGACACUAGGGAAAUUCAGCCAGAGGUUGUAGAUGCUGCGUUGGGCGAAAUGAAACUUGAGGAAGGGAUCGAGGUUCAGGAUUUUGCCAAUGGCACGAACGGAGACGUUUCUCCUCCUACAGAAAUCAAGAGGUCUCCCUCCAAUACACCAGGUCUUGUAAAGCCUCGUUCUCAAACCCCUCCAAGAAGGCAAAGUACCAGCCAAACGCCAAAAUCCGGGGAUGAAGAGGAUGAAGAGGUUAUUGGCGGUGACAUUACCCUCACCGUCGAACCUGGAAAAGCUCCGAAGCUAUCCAGGAAAUCAUCACAAAAAGUAAUCCCUAGGCCACCCCCCCUCUUCAACGAUCUUCCAGAUUCUACAGAAGAGGCAGCUUCAGUUUUUCAGGUAAUUAAAGAUUGCAUUUAUGGAGCUAAGCAUAUGGGGGCUUCCGAUCACGAUGCAUUGGAUUGUGAUUGUCCCGAGGAAUACAGUAAGUCUACAUAUGUACUUCCAGUACUUUCUUAAUUUCGGCUGCAAUCAAUCGCAAAAUGGAAACUUUAGCUGACACAUCUUAUCAGGCGAUGGAAAUAAUCAUGCCUGCGGAGAGGAUUCAGAUUGCAUUAAUCGAUUGACCAAGAUGGAAUGUGGUGGAGGCCACAAAGAUUGCAAUUGUGGUGUUGCUUGCCAAAACCAACGCUUCCAACGCAGACAAUAUGCCAAAGUUUCAGUGAUCAAGACGGAUAAAAAAGGUUACGGGUUACGCGCAAAUACCGAUCUACAUCCUGAUGAUUUCAUUUUCGAGUAUAUUGGAGAAGUUAUCAAUGAACCGACAUUUCGGCGACGCACCAUUCAAUAUGACCAAGAAGGUAUCAAACAUUUUUAUUUCAUGUCUCUUACCAAGCAUGAAUUCGUGGAUGCAACAAAGAAAGGGAAUCUGGGCCGAUUUUGCAAUCAUUCAUGCAAUCCGAAUUGCUACGUGGAUAAGUGGGUGGUCGGAGAAAAGUUGCGCAUGGGCAUUUUUGCCGAGCGAGCAAUCAAAGCCGGCGAGGAAUUGGUCUUCAAUUACAAUGUUGACCGAUAUGGUGCCGACCCUCAACCUUGUUACUGCGGCGAACCGAACUGUACUGGAUUCAUCGGAGGCAAGACUCAAACUGAACGCGCUACUAAACUUUCUCAUGCUACCAUUGAAGCUCUUGGUAUUGAUGAUGGUGAUGGUUGGGAUUCAGCUGUUGCUAAGAAACCUCGGAAAAAGAAGACAGGUGAGGAUGACGAAGAAUACGUUAACAAUGUUCAACCAAAGGGACUCGAUGAAAGUGGAGUGCGAAAGGUUAUGGCAACCCUUAUGCAAUGCAAAGAGAAAUGGAUUGCCGUCAAGCUACUGGGUCGAAUUCAAAGUUGCGAAGAUGACAAAGUUCGAAACAGAGUUAUACAAAUGCACGGCUAUCAAAUACUUCGUACGACCUUGACUACUUGGAAGGAAGAUAACAACGUGAUCCUCCAAGUACUUGAUAUUCUCUACAAGUUUCCACGACUUACUCGAAACAAAAUCGUUGAUUCGAAGAUCGAAACAGUUCUAGAAGGCUUCACAAAUGCCGAGCAUGAAGACAUUGCUUUCGAGUCAAAGAGACUAUUGGACGCAUGGAGCAAAUUAGAGUUUGCAUAUCGAAUCCCAAGGAGAGCUCCAACUCUUGUUGCACAAGUAUUUGAACGACGACCAGAACAAGUAGAGAAAGUCACUCAGUCUCCAUCUCCGGCCAUCAUUGCCCCUACUGGCCCCCGGAGCGUUAUUCCCCAACGCAAUGCCAACUUCAUUCUCAAUCGACCUAUGCCUCGGCGCAACAAUUUCAACAUGGUAUUGCCACCCGGCUGGUAUACCGCGAUGGACCAAAAUGGAAACGCCUACUAUUAUAGUAAGACGGGACAAACAACAUGGGAGAGGCCAUUUAUGCCCGCAGGAGCGGUCCCGCCACCACCACCGCCAAAGGCAGCUCCAAAGAGUGUGCAGACGCAAAGGGCCCUUCAAGAUAUUAUUGAUAGUAUUACGAAGGAGCCUUCGACAACUCCUGCUCUUUCCUCUCAUUCUGCUGAAGGCACACCCAAGGAAAAGAAAAGGCCACUUGAUAAAUGGCGCUCACUACCUCUCGAGAAGCAGAUGAAACUUUAUGAGAAUACUGUAUGUUUAAUAGUUUGUUUUUCUACGCCGAUGAAUUCUUUUUCAAAUUUAAUUCGUUUAUUUAACUGACUUCCACCUCAUAGCUAUUCCCUCAUAUCAAACACGUAAUGCAAAAAUACUCCGGCAAACUCCCCAAGGACGACCUCAAGAAAUUCGCCAAGGAAUGUGGUAAAAAGCUCGUAGCCUCUGAUUUCAAGAACAAUCGCGUUGAAGAUCCUACAAAGAUAUCCGAAAAGCACGAAAAGAAAGUUAAGAAAUAUGUGCGUGACUACUUCGAGAAGGCAGUACAAAAGAAAAAGGAAAUGGAGGAAAAGCGAGCGGAGAGGAGAAAGCGAGAAGCGCAGACGAGGAAUAAUGGAAGCGGGACCAAUGAAAAAGAACCAGGACGGGAAAAUGCGACUACGGGUAGUAGUCCGGAUGUGGUUGAUGAUGUGGACGUGGAGGUCGACGUACCAAGUCCGACAGCAUCACCUAGUGGGCAACUCGAAAUGGAAUUUUUGAAAAGGAAAAGACAAGACGAUGACGAAAGUCCGUCAGAAAAUAAGAGGGUUAAGGAUCAUGGUACUGAAAGUGAAACACCAACUGAUUCCUUCACACCACCUCCACCUCCUCCACCGCCGCCCAAGGAAAAUAUGCUUAUAUUAGGGACAGAAGAUCUUGAGAUGACUAAUGGUAAUGGGGACAUUGUAGGUGAGGAAGAUGUGAAGGAAGAAAAGGAAGAAACGGAAGAGGAGAGAGAGUUGAGGAUGCAAGAAGAGGAUCUGAUGCGGGAGAACGAAGAGGCUAUGAAGAUGGAGAUGGAAGUAGAAUCUGUUGGAAGGUUAAAGGGUGGCGAUGACUCCAAUCAGCACAUUAACGGUGAAAACAUGGAUAGACAUGACGAGACGAUGAAGAGUGUUGAUGGAGGUGGUCAUGAGGCAGUUUCGACGAUUAAUCAAUUGUGACAGCUGAAGCGAUUGAUCAGUCGAAACGAAAAACAUCAAUGACUGAUGGUGAUAUUACGAGGGAUGAAUAUCCGAUAGGAUAAUAUCUACUGCCAAGGGAAUAACACAAAAUUGAGAACAGCUUGUGUAAUAAUGUAUCAUUAUCAUUCAUCAUUCACUUUUAUAAUUAUCGUCAUUAUUAUCAUCCAGAAAAGAAUCUUUGUAUUAC